AUGAAGAUGUUCUUAUCUGAUUUCGUGAGUAGGAUGGAAGGUCGCAAUCGCUACCACAAGAGCCGGUUCCAGCUGCAGCAUGGCAUAGAUUCCAUGGCUCGCAUUGCUAGUCCUACCAUACUUAGCCAUGGUACCUACGCGGUCGAGUCUACCUCCACCGUCGCAAAUAUCCCUAUCUGGACUGUGUUUGGGGGGGCAACACGCGACAUGACGAUGACACAUGGUCUUGCCACGGGACUAUCGCAUAUAUCCACACAUAUCCUCCAAGCCGAGCUGCGCCGAAGAGACGGGCAAGAUGGGCAAGAUGGGCAAGACCGUCCAGCGUGUGGACACAAAGGGGCAAAUCAACACUACAACACUGCCGCUCACGUGUUUGCCCUGUUCCUCAUAUUAUUCUUGAGUACUGCGGCUUGCUCGUUCCCCAUUGUCGUCAGGCGCUUUCCUUCGAUACCCAUACCCAACAAAUUCCUCUUCCUCUCUCGACACUUUGGAACAGGUGUCCUCAUCGCCACGGCUUUUGUCCACCUUCUCCCCACCGCUUUUCAGUCGCUCACCGAUCCCUGCCUCCCUCACUUCUGGAACAAGCGCUACGCAGCCAUGCCAGGCCUCGUAGCCAUGACAUCGGUCUUUGUCGUGGUGGGCAUCGAGAUGUUCUUUGCCUCCAGGGGGGCAGGUCACGUUCAUUCUACAGACUAUGAGACGCUGGGUCUGGACGAUCAGCAUGCGCCUGCACCCUCAGCCCACAGGAGGAGCCACAGCUACAGCAGGUACAACAAUGGACCUUUGCGAGCCAAUGGAAAUAUUCCAGGCAUUGUGUUGCAUGACGUCGGAUCAUCUGACAACUUGAUGGCCGGCCGAUCGCCUUCGCUAUCUCUCCCCUCGCCUGGGAUGCCUAGCAUGCCCAGCAGCCGCAAGACAAGAAAAUCAUUCGAUGAAAACGAAGAUGCUGAUGAUGAUUCGGAUCUCGAAAUUUCUCCAGAAGAGCUGGGGCCCGGAGAUGUUCAAGAUGCAGAGGAUGAGUCGCAGCUUCUCGCAUAUCCCGACCGGCAUACGCAUACGCAAGAAAACUCGCAGGAAGAUGCGGCCAAGACUGAAGCACAGAAUAACAAGUUGCUCCUUCAAUGUCUGCUGCUCGAAGCUGGAAUUCUCUUCCAUAGCAUUUUUAUUGGCAUGGCGCUGUCCGUGGCGACGGGUACGUCAUUUGGUGUUUUACUGGUGGCUAUUUCUUUCCAUCAAACUUUCGAGGGUUUUGCUCUUGGUUCCAGAAUCAGCGCUAUCCGGUUUCCAGCUGGUUCUCCGAAGCCCUGGCUGAUGGCUUUGGCUUACGGAAUGACUACACCGAUCGGACAAGCUAUUGGUCUGGCGGUACACACUUUGUACGACCCUGCAAGCCAGGCCGGUCUAUUGACCGUGGGAUUCAUGAAUGCCAUCUCAAGUGGACUGCUUUUAUUCGCCGGCCUAGUCGAGCUCCUGGCCGAGGAUUUCUUGAGCGACGAGAGCUAUAUCACGCUAAAGGGCAAGCGUCGAUUACAGGCGUGUGCAAGUGUUGUUGGAGCAAGGUCGCUUCAUUUCAAAACCUCGGAUGUACAGGGGAGCCAUGAGAGCGACGCCUUGAAGCUGGCAUAUGAGACCCAGAAAAAUGCUCUCGAUGGGCCAUCGUUCAUGGGCGCUUUCAAGAUUGAAACUAUCAACGCGCUCUGUGAAUACCAAAGUUCUCUUACCCACGAAAAACUGGAGAAGAUGAACGACGUGAUGGGCAAAGGCUUCGAGAAUCUCGGAGGUGCAAUGAAUGGACACGUCGUUUCCAUAUUGGCAUUCACGAACUCAAUUUCUGAGAUGAAUCUGAAGGAGACUGCUUUAGCUAAAGAUCGAGCCGAUGAUAUGAGCUAUAGGGUAUAG